CCACUUGCUACGGAUGUAUACAUCCUCCCCGAUCUUAGGCAAUUGAGAAUCUGGGAUUAAAGAAGUCACCGAUAGCUGCUGCGAGGCUUUGACUUGGCCAUGGGACAGCCUUGUUUCUUGUUCACGGACAGGGCGGGCUGCUGUGAUCUGUAACACCGUUCCAACCCCUGCCAAGUACAGAGGUUCAACUGCAACCCAACCUCACAAACAACUCCAGUUCUGAACUUCAUAUCAUAUGUCUACCCACAGGAGAGAAGUAUCAUAAUCAAGGGCUGCAAUUCAAUCUCAUCGUCUCACGGCGUCCUCUACCCAACACUACCAGUUCUCAAGCAAGCAGCAAUGUCAACCUCAGCCCCAACCCCCACACCGCCCGCAACAAUCACCCUCCAUUCCCCCUCCAAAUACGCGACCACAUCCCCCGACACCUCUGCCUCCGCCUCCCCGCCACUCACCUGGCUACACCGCACCUGGACCGUCACCCACUCCACCCUCGCCAUGUGGCGCUCGGCCCGCAACGUGCGCAUCACCUACUCUCCGCACCCGCCGCGCGAGUCCGACGGCGCCGCGCGCAUCAACGACCUGGUCGAGUACGAGUCCGCAGGCGGCAAAGGCGGCGUCAAGACCGUUGACGGCGUGGACACUGCUGCCGCCUCGGGCACGGGGGUCUGGGACUGGAGGGGCAGGGGCUGGCUGUUCUUCGUCAGCAGCCGGUGGGAGGUGCUGGGGUGGGGGGAGAGGCCGCUGCCCGGCGGCGGCGAGGGGGCCGUGGAGAGGUGGGUCGUCACCUGGUUCGCGCCGACGCUGUUCACCAAGGAGGGCGUCGACAUCUACAGCGACCGGGCGGAGGGAGGGAGCGAGGAGACGGUGCGGGAGGUUCUGGCGGCGCUGAAGGGCCUUGACGCCAAGCCCGUUGCCCGGAUGUGCGAGAAGGAUAUGCGGCCCGUGGAGAUAAGUUUACCGUGGAAGGGCAGGUGAAAUUGGGCUAGGCUGUAGGCUGUAUGAUUGGGCUUGUUUAUGUAGAAGGGG